AUGGACAAAUUGCUCACUGUUAAUCAAAAAAAGGCAUCAAAACAGCCCAAGAACAAGAAAAAGCCAGUCAAGGUUGUGUACAUAACAAACCCUAUCAAGUUCAACACUAGUGCCUCAGAAUUCAGGUCCCUGGUCCAAGAACUCACUGGACAAGACGCCGAUACGCCUGAGUACUCCCCCAAGUUCGUGCAGGCUAACGGUGUCGGCAACGUAGAGGUGGCUGACGCCGUGAAAGUGGAGGAGGAUCAUGCACCUGUUGCACCACUUGAGGUGGUGCCUACUGUAGUAGGGCAACUGCAUCCUAGUUACGGUGAAGUUUCAAGAAUAUCUGAUCAGGGCUCUGGGACAUUUGACCAUGGCAUUUACUCUCCACAGAUGGAGGAUAAUUUCCAGGAGCUAAUGCCUUCAUUUCAGUGGCAUGAAACUUCCCACUUUGAUGUGCUCAAAAGCCUAGGUGCAAUGUAA